GCCGAAUUCAGAUGACGGUGUUUUAGACCACACGAAACUAAGGCAAGAAGUUUUCAUUUCAAAUGGCCCUAGAAGGGAAGACAGCGCUCGUGACCGGGUUCGCUGGAGCCAUUGGAUCAGUCAUCGCAAAGACCGUAGCGAAUGCCGGAUGUGACGUUAUUGGUAUAGAUAGAGUGAAACAGGAAAAUGCUCAACAGUCCAUUGAUGAGAUCAAAGCUGGAUGUAGAAAAGAUAUCAGUUACCUAGAAUGUGACCUUUUAAAGAAAGAAAAUGUCAAACAAUUUUCUCUGGAAAUAAAGUCUAAAGUUGACAUUAUAGUUAACGUAGCUGGUCGAUUAACGGUUGACAAAGUAGAAGAUAUAACAGACGAGGACUGGGAUGAAGAUAUUGGAAUCAAUUUGACCGCCCCGUUUCUAGUUAUCAAGCAGUUUCUCGGUUCUAUGAAAGAGCAAGGUUGGGGCAGAAUUAUAAACAUUUCCUCCACUUGUGGACUUGUGGCCCGGCCCUCAAUGUCAAGCUACGUUGCCUCAAAGACAGGAUUGGUUGGCCUCACGAGGGCAGUGGCUCUUGAGUCAGCAGAAUUCGGUGUAACAUGUAACGCCAUUUGUCCUUCAACAGUUAAUACUCCUCUUGUAACGAAGAUGAUAAAAGAUUUUCAGAAGACCUCUACCAAAAGCUUUGACGAAAUAAAAGAGGAAUAUCUACAGUGUCUGCCUACAAAACGGUUCACAGAGGCUAGCCAGAUAGCUGAUUUGGUUGUAUUCCUUUGCUCCCCUGCUGGAAACAAUAUAACAGGCACGGCGAUACCUGUGGAUGGGGGCUACACAACAUCAUAAAA